GAUAAAGGUGCAGCUGCUCUCGGUUCCGCUUGGGUCCGCAGCUCCUGGUCCUGAUUGCAGCUAUGGCGCGCCCCGCCCUGCUUCUGGCCGCCACCCUGGUCGCUGUCCUGUCGCUGUCGCUGGCCGCGGAGCCCGGGAAGCCUCCGCGUCUGCUGGGCGGCUUGGAGGAGGCGGACGCGCUCGAUGCGGGAGUGCGGCGCGCGGUCGACUUUGCGCUCAGCGAAUACAACAAGGCGAGCAAUGACCGCUUCCACAGCCGCGCGCGCCAGGUGCUGCGCGCCCGCAAGCAGCUGGUGGCUGGUGUGAACUACUUCCUGGACGUGGAGAUUGGCAGAACCACAUGCACCAAGUCCCAGCCCAACUUGACUGACUGUCCCUUCCAUGAAGAGCCACACUUGAAGAGGAAUGCCAUCUGCUCUUUCCAGAUCUACACCGUGCCCUGGGAAAACAGAAUCUCCCUCACCAAGUCCAGCUGUCGCGAUGCCUAGGCUCUGCCAGGUCACGCCAUGCUGACCACCCCUUACUUGCAUCUCCUUUGGCAUCCCCUUCCCAAAAUGGAGCCUGGCCCUGACACAGUCUCCUGUGUCCUAGCACCUGGGGACCAGGACAGUAGGCUCCUCAGGGCAGUGUGGACACCCAUGUGCUCUCCCCUCUUCCAUUCCUUGAUUUUUUUUUUUUGUACCAGGAAUUGAACUUGGGUCCUUGCCCAUUCCUUGAUCUUAACCACACCAGUAUGUGGCACCUAUAGCCGCCCCUGCCUUGCUCAAUAAAAAUCUGCAACAGUU